AACAAAAAAACAUGGUGUUAUAAAUAGUAAAUAUAUGAGUAUGCCUAAGUAGUAUAUUAUACUUGUAUAUGUUCGCAGAACUAUUUUUACCGGGUAACUGAUCAGUUGUAAUGGACAUUUUCAAAUGCUCUACCGUGUACAGCAUAAUCAUCAGAGGAUUUUUCAAAAAAGUAUAAUAUGUAUGUUUAUAUCACUUAUUUUACGGAGAUAUCUAUUAUCUCAUAGUUGUCAGUGGAUAUUUUCACUUUAUAAUUCCAGUAACGAAAGCACCUAAUUAUAAUUUUAAGUUGUCCAUUGUUUUAUUCUUUACAUUACUGUCAUUGAACAAUAAUUGGUUUUUAACGUACUGUUACUCUUUUAGUAUUACACGGCAGAGCAUAUGGAAAGGUCUGGUUAAACUGAUGAUAUCUCCAUGUGAAAAACAUGCAAAUGUAGUAUAUUUACUUAUUUAUUUUAAUUUUUAUUCAGAUGUUAUAUACUUAUACCUAAAUAGCUAAAUGGAUAAACGCAGUUCUCAUAACAGUCAUACAAAUCAAAUUAUAUCUUUAUUCCGUCACAAAUAAAACGAAUUCAAACUAUGCAAUUUCUUAUAUUUUCUGAAAAUAUAUUUUUCAGGCACCCACAUGAAGAUGACAACAUUUCGAUAUUAAAACAAGUUUCUUUCAUACUUAAGACUUACAACUUACAUGUAGUAGGUGACGUUAUUAUAAUUUGUUUGUUUUUAUAUUAAAUAAUUAAAAUGGGUACUCGUCCAAUUUGCUAUCUACCAUAAUUUUAUGAUAGUUAAGUAUGAUAUCUACAAUAAAUAUUGUAUUUACUGUAUACUCUCAUAGUAUAACCAAUUAUAUCAAAUGAAGUUGAUCAAGGUCUACCUACCAUAUAUUCUGAUAAAUGGAGUGCGUACUCUAGUUUAAAUGAACAAGAGUUUAUCCAUAAAAUGGUUAAUCUUUCGGAUAUUUUCAUUUAACUAUUUAAGUACCCAAUAACUGGUGCUGAAACAUAAACUAUAGAAACUUUUCGGAUACACGUCAAAAAUAAACACAACAUUAAAACACUCGGAGUGACUAACAUAUAUUAUUACUAUCCCAUCUUCAAGAAGAGCGGUGGCGCUUGUUACAAAAACCAACCGAAGACCUGUUCGAAUCAUUCCACUGAUCGGUCAGAAAUUCAUAUACAUAUAACUACAUUGCACCACAUGAAAAAAAGUGACAAAGUAGAAAUACUGCAUUCUAAAGAUAAAAUGUUUGCAGUGCAAGUAUUGGUCGUUCUAUCGGCGAUGGUUAUUAUUAAUCAGGCAGCAGUAUUUGACUCCGAGGGGCAAACGACAACCAGUUCUGGAGUUGUUACAAUCGGACAGGCAAAUGAUGUUUCUGAAACUGUGACUUCAGAUGAUUUUUCUACAACACAAUCAUAUGAAGAUAUCAUAGAUACGAGAGAACCCGAAACAAAUAGAACAUACUUCAAAUAAAGUUAUUGUUUAACUAUUCCAGUAAUUAUGAAAACAGUAGGCGAUAUUGUAGCUGAACAAUUAAAAAAAAAUGUGAAUAUAUUACAAUUAAAAAUAUAAUACAUGAUAAAUCAUUAA